AUGGAGAUCCAAGCACGACUGCUACUGGUGGCCGUUUUCGGCAUUGUGAUAGCGAUAGGUUUCGCCAAUGCCGUGCAAGGAGAGACAGCAACGCCGGUUGUUGUCGGCUUGGCCAAGUGCUCCGAUUGCGCCAGGAGGAACAUGAACGCUGAGGCAGCUUUCAAAGGUCUUCAGGUGGCCGUGAAGUGCAGGAACAGCAAGGGCGAGUACGAGAGCACGGCCGUGGGACUGGUGGGAAAGUCCGGCGCCUUCAGCGUCCCGCUGGCGGCUGACGUCGUUGGCGAGGACGGGGAGCUCAAGUCCGAAUGCUUCGCGCAGCUCCACAGCGCGUCGAGUGCGCCGUGCCCCGGGCAGGAGCCGUCCAAGAUCGUCGCGGCGCCAACCGGUGGCCACGACGGCACCGAGAAGACGUUCGUUGCGCUCGGCGGCAAGGUCUACCGCUCGUCGCCCGAGUGCGCUUCGGCUUUCCUUUGCCACCCUUUCUUCCACAGCGUUAUGCACCAUCACCAUCACGUAGGAAUCCACACGCCUGUGGUUAUCCCUCACCUACCUGAUCACGGCCACGGCCAUUCCAUUCCGCCUGUCACCAAUAAGCCGCCGGCGUAUCAUCAAUUUUCAGGAGAAUGGUUAUUACCUGUCAUCAGGAGAAGUGAGAUGAUACAGAUGGAAUGCAUGCCCUUGAAUGUGUUCUUCAGGGACACCCACCAUCUCAAGCUGCUGUUCAGGAUCUCUAAUCUUAACCAUCUGUCAGCACAGGACGUAGCAAUCAAGUGCAAAUCCGGCGCCGACGAGACGUACGAGACGAAGGCGCUUGGCCCCCUCGACGACACCGGCGUCUUCCGUAUCCCACUCGCCGCCGAACUCCUGCGCGACGACGGGAGUCUGCUUCGCGCAGCUCCACAGCUCGAUCGGCACGCUGUGCGUCCGUCAGGCGCCGCCCAGGAUCGCGCCAACCACCAGCCAAUUAGACGGCGGCGACAGCAGCAGCACGACCUACUUCGCGGCCGCGACCGACGACACGGUGUUCGCCUCCGUCGCGUGCGCCUGCGGCAAAAAGAAGAAGCACUACAUGUUCGGCCCACCGCCGCCGCCGAGGCCGACGCCGACGCCAACCCCGAAUCCCCCGACGACGCUGACGUACGGGCCCCCGACGCCGACACCCACGCCCGUGGCGGAGCCCAGGCCUCCGGUGCCCGAGGAGCCCGAGCCGUUCUUCAAGAAGAAGCCCAAGAUGAAGUUCAUGCACAAGAAGAAGCCGUGCCCGCCGCUCGUCGACGACGACGACACGACCCGGCCUGCUGCGACCCGGCAGGAGAAGAAGCUCCCCAACAAAUUGAACUAGGGUGGCGCGUGCGAGCGGGCAUGCAGGAGCAGGACAGCAGCAAAGCGAGAAGAUGUUAG